GGUUUGGGUCUCAUUGAUUUUUGAAAAAAGACACCAAACGGUGCCGUUGUGAUGAACAGCAGGGGCGAACAGCAGAGUAGGCGGAUCCUAUUGUAUGGAUAAUGCAUUCAGAACGUCCCUUUCAUAGAUCCGCCCCUGCAGACCAUCGGGUUGCCGGCAGCAAGGACGGAAACAGAGAGAGAGAGAGAGAGAGAGAGAGAUGCCAGAAUACUGCGUUACAGGGGGGACGGGGUUGAUAGCAGCUCACCUGGUGAAGUCGCUGCUGGAAAAGGGACACACCGUACGGGCCACCGUUCGAGAUCCAGAAAAUGCAGAAAAAGUAGGCUUCCUCUGGGAACUGAAUGGAGCCAAGGAGAGACUGAAGCUUAUAAAAGCUGAUCUGUUGGAGGAAGGAAGCUUUGACCAGGCCAUACAAGGAGUUGAGGGAGUCUUCCACACUGCAUCUCCAGUGUUCGUGCCAUACGAUCACGACGUUCAGGCAAAAGUGGUUGAUCCUAUCAUAAAGGGCACCUUGAACGUGUUGACCUCUUGCAAGAAAGCAAGCAGUGUGAAAAGGGUUGUGCUUACCUCGUCCUCCUCUUGCUUAAGAUGUCGUGCAGACGUCCAACAAGUUUCUCCUCUUAAUGAAUCCCACUGGAGUGAUACCGAGUAUUGUAAACGCCACAAUCUAUGGUAUCCAUAUGCAAAGACAAUAGCAGAGAAAGAGGCAUGGAGAGUAGCAGAAGAAAGUGGGAUAAAUCUAGUGGUUGUGAUCCCCUCUUUUGUAGUUGGUCCCUUGCUUACGCCCCAACCAACCAGUUCAUUGCGAGAAAUACUGACCAUCAUCAAAGGUGUAAGAGGAGACUACCCAAACGUAAGAGGAGGGUUUGUGCAUGUAGAUGAUGUAGUGGAUGCACAUAUAUUAGCAAUGGAGGAAAGUAAAGCAUCAGGCAGGCUUAUAUGUUCAAGCACAGUAGCACAUUGGUCAGAGAUCAUUGAGAUGCUAAAGACCAAAUAUCCAAUUUAUCCAUAUGAAGACAAGUGCAGCAGUCAAGAAGGAGACAACAACCCACAUAGCAUAGGCAGCAGCAAGAUUCUUCAGCUGGGUCUCCCGGCUUUAACAACACUUGAUCAAAUGUUUGAUGACUGCAUCAAAAGUUUCCAACAGAAGGGAUUUCUUUGAAGGUCAACGUAUCUUCUGCAAGUUCAUUCAGCUAAUUGGGCUGUAGUUUUCUACAUUAUUAGAUUGUGUUGUACAAACUAAAAACAUAUGGAGCAGACUUAUAUGAAUGUUCCGGCAAUUGGGAAAAGAAAAUUCAAUAUUAUAUUGAGUUGUAGGUGAUGUCUUUGCACCAAAACUUUCUAAAAACUGUGCUGUAUAUUGUCUGUUCUAGUCAAACGAAACAUUUUUAACUGCUUAGGGAACUCAAGUCAAUGCUUCAUUAGUAUCAGUUAUUGAAAAAUAGAGAGCCACG